AGCCCGGAGCCCCACUGAGGGGGCGCUCAGGCGUCUCCUCCGCACGGCCCCAAAGCGGCCCCUGAUUGGCUGGCUCCUCAGGGAGGGGGCGGGCUUGCACCAGCAGGCAGUGCAAAGGGGAGGCGAUGCACGCCCAGUGCGUGUGCAACAGGGGCUGGUGAAAGCUGGGGAGGCGGGUCUGCGUGACUUGAAAAUAGCCCCGAGUGACACCUGGAGAAGGAAAUGGCAGAGAAAGUGAACAAUUUCCCUCCGCUUCCUAAGUUCAUUCCGCUGAAGCCGUGCUUUUACCAGAACUUUGCCGAUGAGAUCCCCAUCGAGCACCAGUCGCUGGUGAGGAAGAUCUAUCAGUUGUGGAUAUUCUAUUGCAUCACCUUGGGCGUGAAUCUCAUUGCCUGUCUGGCCUGGUGGAUCGGUGGCGGUUCCGGUGUCAAUUUCGGCUUGGCUAUCCUCUGGCUGAUUCUCUUUAGCCCCUGCAGUUACGUCUGCUGGUUUCGGCCGGUCUAUAAGGCCUUUCGGUCGGACAGCUCUUUUAAUUUCAUGGCCUUUUUCUUCAUUUUCGGAGCCCAAUUUAUCCUGGCUGGCAUUCAAGCCAUCGGCAUCAGCGGAUGGGGAGCGUGUGGGUGGCUGGCCGCCGUGACGUUCUUCAGCACGAACGUUGGGGCUGCCGUGAUCAUGCUCUUCCCAGCGAUAAUGUUCACGUUAUCGGCAGCGGUGAUGUUUUUCUGUCUCCUCCGGGUGCACCGAAUCUACCGCGGGGGUGGCGGAAGUUUCCAGAAAGCUCAGGACGAGUGGCAUAGCGGCUUGUGGAGAGACCCCCCAAGCAGGGAAGCCCGGUACAACAACUUCUCUGGAAACAGCCUCCCCGAAUACCCCACGGUACCCAAUUACCCUGCCGGAGGCCGGUGGCCCUGAAAUCCCACACCCCGUUGGACUGCCCCGAUGAUUUUUUUGGGAUCGCUGCAAAAUACAUUGCAGUUUUUGUGGAUUUGUGUUUUUGGGGGGAUUGGAGGAAUACUCUGCAAUCCCCUGUAUGUUUCCCUUCAUCUUCUUCCCGCCGAUAUUUUUUUUUUAAAGCCUUAUGUUCUCUUCUUUUGAUAACCGCAGAAGAUCUGGACUCCAUGUCCUCUGCCUCUUUGGGAGUGGCAGAACUGCAGCGGUUGCCAAUAUCUGACUAGUUUGCAUUGAGGAACGGGGGCUCCCAGCUGCCAUCUUUAUUCACAGGGAUUCCCUCCUCUGCCCCGUCCGUCUUUUCUCUUUUUUUGCCAAUAGAUGCACAAGAAGUGCGCAGGUGGGGGAACCUGCACGUCCUUAACCUUGGAUAGAUCUAUCUUCGAUCAGUCUUUUUGCCUAAAAGAGCAGCAGUUCACUGCCAUGUUUUUUGUCUGUGGCCAAGGUGACCAAAUUCCCUUUUCUACCGGCCCCCCGCCCUCACACACAGUUUGCCAGAUUUUUGUCUUAGUUCCUGCACUCAUGCAGAUUGUUGUGGGAGGAGAAGCUUUUGAUUUUUGACACAAAAACAGCAAGUCGCAUGGUGUUAACCGUCCUUAUCUUAGACUGCAGGUGGGAGCAGUGGGGGAGAAAAAGUAUGAGAUGCGUGAGAGCAGCACUAAACCAUGAAAAAGCCACCCCCUUGCAGGUAGAAAGCUAGCAGUUCUGGGAAAAGAUGCCUUUUCUAUGACGCUGACUUUCUAUGUGCAGGAAUUGGUUUGGGGGCAAUAUUACAAUACGUGGGAUCUCCCUCUCCUCCCCCUUGAAAACGAAUCCUUUUCUUGGGAAGUCUUGAGUACUUUGAAAAUGUUUCAGAGGUGUGCAGGUUGUUUUUGCCCGCUUCUAGUUUGCUUCCUAAACACACUCUUUAACGAAAUUGACUCUGCCUGAACUAGAUGAGGAAGCUUCCGCUGGGUCCGUCCCCCCAUGCCUCCUCUUCCAUUGUGCCCAAAGUUGUACCGUUGAACCUCAGGAUGCUGCCUUUAUGCGUGGGCUUCCCUUGCUGGUUCUGACAGAUACAAACGGGUUGCGAUUGGCAAAACGUCAUAUCCCGAGUCUCCCCUGUGGGGCCGCAUUAAUCCCGUCUGCACCCAUAGUUUGUGCCUUUCUCUGUCCGCACGCAAUAGAGUGCUAGCAGAAAACAGGUAUCCAUCCCACGGGGCGGGCUAGUCUGCCCUACAAGCGUGAGCAGCCAUCGCUGGCGUCACCUGUCAACCUUUUUGCCCCUGAAUAUCACCGUGGUCUUGCUUCUCGUUCUCCAGGGGGAUAGGGUGACCGAGCAGGUGUGUAUGGGAGGCUCUUUCUCUAGCUUGAACUCCUCUCUUUUUUUUUUUAAGCUGAGGGGUCUAACUCCCAGCAUAACAGAGACAGAAGUCCGCUCUGGAACGUGAUCAUUACUUUGGGGGUUCCUGGCCUGGAAUCUUUAUCUGGAAUGAGCAAACAUGUUAGUCCAAGAGCAUUAUCUCUUUUUCAUUUCCCUUGCUACCGUAGCAUUUGUGAUGAUUUCCAAGUCUUCACUUGCGGCAGUGUGGAACGUGGUAGGAGUUCCUACCCUCUGAGAGCCUCCCUGCUGUGCCGAAAGCACAGCCCGGUAAUCAUCCCAUAAAUCGCAGUUGCUUUGUGUGUCGCUUUAGUUGUGUGCUGUCCAAAGAAGCAGGAUAUGAAUGUAUUAACUUAUAACAGGAAACCUCUUGCGGCUGGGUGGGGUUCUCGGGCACCCAGAAGAAUUUGGGAGGAAAAAAAAUCCAUUAACUGAUGUGAAAAUCUUCUUAUGGGGUGGGAGGGAAUCUCAGCGUGGAACUGACAGUCUUAACGAUGUGUGCCUUACCGGAUUAUAUAAUUUCUCGGGGCGUACUCUGGUUUCGUUUGUGCUCUCCCACGCCUGCCACGGUUCGCGGAUUUUGUUUACACUUACGGGGGGUCUCCCCUUUGACUCAAAAGACCAAUGCCUUGGAAAUGCAAUGGUGCAGCUUGGAACUCUGCAGUUCUCUCUCGUGCACAUGUGCAAGGAAAUUUUGCAUGAGGCGCUAACAGGCGAGCCAAAAAACGAGCAGUGCUUGUUAGCACCCAAGGCCAAAAACCUCAUUAAACUUCCUUUUGUGAAAUAGAUUUGCAACCGGGGCACCUCUCUCUCGUAUGCCACACCAUAGGGCUAUGCUUGGAGCCAGACAAAAUCUGGAGGGAUGCAAGUUUUCCCCCUCCCUGAUCUAAGAAGAGGCAUUCCCCAUUCCCAGGACGGAGUGCGCCUUCUAAAUAGAGGCAUUCCCCCUCCCAUCUCUCUCAUGCGGUAGUACAGAAUGCGGCUUUUUAGAGCGUUGUCAGUGCUGGCUACUGGAAGUUGGAGUCCCACCAACAUCUGGAGGGCCACCCAGCUCCCCUCCUACCUCCGGCCUGCAGGCCUUUUGAGAGCACAUUCCAGGCACGGUGAGGAAUUCCUUAAAUUUAAUAUGUGCAAUUAUUAUUUUUCUAGUUGAUCUCUGGUACCAGGGUCUGCCUUGUAGAUUGGCUGCCAUUAUGGUUCAUCGUCUUUGCCUUAGCUAGUCCUUUCCCCCAUGCCUUUUUGAAAAUAUAUAUUAUUGAGAGGGUGGAGGCAUUCAGAAUCCCUCGGACUCAACCAAAGGCUCAGUGUGGCCGGUUGCUUGGCAGCUAUACUGCUCGGGGCCUUGAUGUGCCUUGGCCCUGUUAAUGGUCACCCUUGUCAGCCACACAAAAUGGUGCCCCACAAGACAAGUGGGGUGCAAAGAGACCCCUCUCUACCCAGUUCCUCAGCCCUGAGAUACAAGCAGUCCCUAGUUGCCAACACCCGCACUUUGCCUGCUUUAAAAAUCUCUUUUCUGGGAAAAGGAGAUUGUAUGAUGGUGACCAGACCCCAGGGUAUGCUUUUUUCUUUUUUUACUGGGUGGCCCCAGUUGCUAACCUCUUAUGCAGGGAUAUGGGAAGCUCUAGCCCGCAUGGGCCAAAUCUGGCCUGCAAGGCUAUUUUCCCUACAAACCACACUCAGUUGGCUCCACACCUAACACUGUAUAUGCAGGAAGCAGGAUUGCUCUCUCCGUGCUUCGGCUGAUGGGUCAAUCCUUCCUGCUCCCUGUCUCCCCAAUGGGACGAGUGGGCGGGUCCACCGACCCGUCAAGUUCCCUGGCAUCAUUGUGACAUGUGAUUGGUGGGUGGUCCUGCAGCGUGGGGGGGGGAGAGGAGAGAAGGAUCUGGCCAAAAAGGUUCCUCCUCCCCCUGUUCUAGCAUCAAGCCAACUCCUAGGUUUUCCUGUUUAUUUGGGGAAAUAUGUUUCCCUUUUUUUUAAUGAAGAAGUAACGAGCCUCUCUGACCCAUGUUGGGCUGCUUUGAAAGACUUUAAAGGAUUGGGAUCAUUCUCAAGACCUGCACAUGGGUUUGCUUGAAAACUGCAUGCCAAGUUAAGCUGAGGUAGAAAAACAUUUGCCAAGGAGGGAAGUCUACCCUGAAACCUUUUUAUUUCUCUGUCCAAGUUCUGCCCUCUCCCCACAGCCCCAGACCCUGAGAAUUGUAGUCUUUUGAUGUUCAAGACCUCAGCACCCCAUCGCAUACCGCUUUCCCCAGGAUUCUGGGUACAGCUUCAAAGCCAACAGCUUUUUCUUUAAAAAAAAAAAAAUCUCAAGAACUGGAUCUCCUUCCAGCGUGCACAAGUCUCCACCGUUGUCUUAAUCUAAUGUACUGAUAACUCUAAAAAUAAAAUUUGUAACGCUAUGUUUACACAAGGGAACUAACUGAAUACUGUUCUGUGUGUGGGGUGGGUGGGAAUUAACAUUGCCAACUUUUCAUUCAUCAUGUUGAUUUUUUUUUUUUCAUUGCAGUGUGAUCUUGUUAGGCAGUUUUUGUUUUCUUUAAAAAUAAAUCAAGCUUGCCUACCGGAAA